CGAUUCCGAAGCGCAGUGCGCGAAAACGAGAUUGAACCAGAGCUAAAGCGCUUAAGUUUCUGUUUGCGAAGUCCUUACGUUUCCAGUCUAGGGUGACUGCUCUCGAAGUAUCUUACAACGAUGGUACGGUCAGUCAGGAAUAGCCAGUUGAACACAGUGGAGGACUUGAAAAACUCGGGGUUUGGUCGUCCCUUCCCUAGACAUGGCUUAAAACUGCUUUUUUGGUUUGCCAAUGACUGCGUGUUCUUUGACAGCAAUGACAACCUGGUUUGUAAGUGCCACCCUCAGAGGGGAGACUAUGGCUUCCAUCACUUUGGCAACUUUGAAGAAAUUGUUCCUGUUCUGUCCCGUGAAGGUGGAGAAAAAUACUUUGAGGUUGGAAACCUGAAUAUGGAAAGUUAUCCUGAAGCCCAGAACCUGCCGGAUUAUGUGAGGGAGGACUACGACAUGCUGAUGCUGACGUAUAAUCGUGACAAAAAUAGAGAUCGCGUUAUCGUCAGGCUUCGUCCAGACAGCAUCGUUCCCAAGGUCUACGUCACCGAACAUUCGUUGAAUGGGGAGUCUGGGAGUUUUGAUCGUGAACGCACACAUCUCUUAGACCCAGAACUCAUUGCUUACAUCCGUGAUCCAGAAUUGGAGCUGUCCACAUUUUUAAGGCAGUCCGGAUACAGUCCGGACACGAGGGAAUAUUUGAAACGGGCUCUUAUUGCUUUCCUGUUGGUGUCUUUACUAUUCCUGAUCUUGUUGUUGGUGUUUCUUUUGCGCUGAUUUAUAGAAGUUGGUUCCUGACAGCAUAGACCACAUAAAGCAAAAUCACCCAACUAUAAUAAAGGAAGAAAGGACUAUUGCAUUUCCUUCUCUGUUAUUGGGAAUUUCUCAAAGAAAACGAUUAAAUCAACCACCACUGCCUUUGUUUACCAGUGGUUGUUCUGGCUCCAUGGAAUCAAGACAUGUAUGUCGUUGCGGUCAUGAGUUCAUUUAUACCUGUGUAAAUAACGAGUUGAGCCAAACAGCUCAAGCUCAAUGUUUCCUCUCACUGUUCAAGUUCAAGGACGGACACAACAGUGUGCUGACUCAGGACCUCAUUUGGCAUCAUUACCAGACAAAGCAAACAACACAAAUAAAUAGCCUGUUUGCAACAGUUUUUUAAUGAAUGUAACUACUUUUAAGGACAUAGUAGCAUAAAGGCUGUAGUGCAGUCAUGAAUCAUGCUUUUCUUGUUUUCUUUCUUUCUUUCUUUCUUUCUUUUUUUUUUUACAGUGAUCUUGGUAGCAAAUUAAUUUUAUGUUGGUUAGCGAACAAGCUGCAACACAAUACAUAUUUUACACAAAACAUCAUAGUUUAUCACACAAAAAUCUAAUAAAACAUAAUGAUGUGUUGAAUUGUAACAUAGUUACUUAUAGCUAACUGACAAGAUUUGAGAUGUUGUUGACUUUAAACCAAUAAAUCACCGAUACAAAUGGAAAAA